AUGGUUAGCUUCCCAGUUGGAGGUCCCUUGGAAAUUUAUUUACAUGCUGAUAUGAAUCGUGCAAAUUUAUCUGAGGACUGGAAAAGAACUGAAAAUAUCAGCUUGGCUCUAAUUAACCAGGUUAAUGACCAGAAGACUUUAAGAAAAGGAUCGGAACAUGAGUUUAGUGCAUAUGUCCCUUAUAGCAAAUUUAUAUUUUUCGAUGAUUUCAAUGAACCUAGUAGUGGGUUUAUUGUGAAUGAUACUUGUAUGAUUGAAGUUGGGAUUUUUGUGAUGAAGAAUGUGUACGAGAAUGAACAAUAUUGGACUGUACGCAAGAUAGAUAAGAAUCCUGACACCAAAAGUCCUUUAUUUCAAGAAAUGUUCAUGAGAUCAUUUCCAAAUAUAGAUCUAAAUUAUGUUCCACUAUUAGAAAAAGUGAAAGAUAUGGAUGAUGAUGAAGCAUGUAAUCAUCUCAAAAAAUUAUGGGAUGAAGUUGAGAUAUUUGGGUUUGAUUUGAGUUGGUUAAAAUCUGAUGUUAAAUCUGCCUUAAAUUUGAAAAAUUAUACGAAAAAGACUGCUGAUGUAAGAAAGGCUAAGGCAGCAGUGAUUGAAAGAGAAACCGAACUUGAAAGGGCAAAGAGAGAGUUGGUGAAAGCAGAAGAAGGAUUUGAAGAACGCAAUUUGGAUGACAUAUUAGGAUAUGGAAGAUCAAAGAAUUAUUGGCUCUAA